AGUGAUGUGAAGUCAGCAGACCAAGUGAAAACAACAACAUCAGCUCGGUGUUUGUCUGAAUUAGACGGAGCCGCCCGGUGCUAACUAACGGGUCUUUCUCCCGGUGCUAACGGGUCUUUCUCCCGGCGGACGGUGAGCAGGCAGCGGGCAGAGAUGUGGAUCCAGCCGGAGGAGGUGCUGCUGGCCGGGGCGCUGUGGGUGUCUGAGCGGGCCAACCCGUUCUUCAUCCUGCAGAGGAGGAGAGGACACGGCCGAGGAGGAGGACUGUCCGGUCUCCUGGUUGGGACUCUGGAUGUGGUUCUGGACUCCAGUGCCAGAGUGGCUCCCUACAGGAUCCUGCUGCAGACCGCCGACUCUCAGAUCUACUGGAACAUCGCCUGUGGCUCGUCCAGGAAGGAGAUCACAGAACACUGGGAUUGGCUGGAGUCCAACCUGCUGCAGACCAUCUCCAUCUUUGACAACGAUGAAGACGUCACCACCUUUGUCAAAGGAAAGAUCUGUGGCAUCAUCGCAGAGGAGAACCGGCUGAAGCAGGGGGAGGAGCAGGAGGAGGAUUGUGGGAAGUUUCGGGAGGCGGAACUGAAGAUGAGGAAGCUAUUUGGGAUGCCUGACGAGGAGAAGCUGGUGAAUUAUUACUCCUGCAGCUACUGGAAGGGUCGAGUGCCGCGACAGGGCUGGCUCUACCUGUCCGUCAACCACCUGUGCUUCUACUCCUUUCUGCUGGGCAAAGAGGUGACCCUGGUGGUGCAGUGGACGGAGGUGACCCAGCUGGAGAAGAACGCCACCCUGGUGUUUCCAGAGAGUGUUCGUGUCAGCACGCGUCACACUGAACAUUUCUUUUCCAUGUUCCUUAACAUCAACGACACCUUCAAGCUGAUGGAGCAGCUCGCCAACAUCGCCAUGCGUCAGCUCCUCGACAACGAGGCGUUUGCUGCCGACCGCUCGCUGCCCAAACCCUGCAAGACACUCAAGAACGUCUCUGCACUCAAGAGGGAUUUGGACGCACGGGCGAAGAACGAGCGGUACCGGACGAUGUUUCGACUGACGCAGGACGAGCGUCUGGACGGACACACAGACUGCACGCUGUGGACGCCAUUUGCUAAGAUGCACGUGGUCGGACAGCUGUUCAUCUCUAACAACUACAUCUGUUUUAACAGCAGAGAAGAAGACUUGUGUCAGCUCAUCAUCCCACUCAGAGAGGUGUCCAUUGUAGAAAAGGCGGACAGCAGCAGCGUCCUGCCUUGUCCUGUCUCCAUCAGCACCAAGAACAAGAUGAACUUCCUGUUCGCCAACCUCAAAGACAGAGACUUCCUGGUCCAACGCAUCUCCGACUUUCUGCAGCGAACGCCCGACAGCUCAUGGGGUGACACCAGCCCGCUGUCUCUGAUUGGUCACUCGGCGUCCUCCAGUGCCCCCGCGUCCUUGUCUGCAGGGUCUGAGUCCGUCCACAGGGGGCGUCAUUACCACUCUGGUCUGCCCACAGCUAGCCAGGGUCUGCUGCAGCUCUACCACCGAGACACUCCGGAGGACCUGGGACCCAAAGCUAUGAAGGAGAAGAUGAAGGAGGAGGCGUGGAACAUCCAUUUCUCAGAGUUCGGCCGAGGUGUCUGCAUGUACCGAACCUCCAGAACCAGGGAGCUCGUCCUCAACGGGAUCCCAGAGCGCCUGAGAGGAGAGCUGUGGUUACUGUUUUCUGGAGCUCAGAACGAGAUGGCGACCCACCCUGGUUACUAUGGUGACCUGGUGGAGCAGGCCAUGGGGCUGUGUUCAUUGGCGACAGAGGAGAUCGAGCGUGACCUUCACCGUUCGAUGCCCGAGCACCGAGCCUUCCAAAAUGAGAUGGGUAUCGCUGCACUGCGCCGGGUUCUCACUGCCUACGCCCACCGAAACCCCGGGAUCGGAUACUGUCAGGCGAUGAACAUCGUCACCUCUGUCCUGCUGCUCUACUGUCCAGAGGAAGAAGCCUUCUGGCUGUUGGUGGCGCUGUGUGAGCGGAUGCUGCCCGACUACUACAACACCAGAGUCGUAGGUGCUCUGGUGGAUCAGGGGGUGUUUGAGGAGCUGACCCGAGCCUUCCUCCCGCUGCUGUACGAACACAUGCAGGAACUGGGCGUCAUCUCCACCAUCAGCCUGUCCUGGUUCCUCACACUCUUCCUGUCUGUGAUGCCCUUCGACAGCGCCGUCCUAUUGGUUGACUGCUUCUUCUACGAGGGCAUAAAAGUCAUCUUCCAGGUGGCGCUGGCUGUGCUUCAUGACAACAUGAACGCCCUGCUGUCCUGCAGUGACGAGGGAGAAGCCAUGACCAUCCUGGGCAGGUACCUGGAUAAUGUUGUGAAUAAACAGACUGUGGCUCCGCCCAUCCCUCACCUGCACGCCUUGCUGACCAGCGGAGAUGAUCCUCCACCUGAGAUCGACAUCUUCGACCUCAUCAAGGCGUCCUACGAGAAGUUUGGCAGCCUGCGCUCUGAUGUCAUCGAGCAGAUGAGGUUCAAGCAGAGGUUAAAGGUCAUUCAGUCGCUGGAAGAUACGGCCAAGAGGAGCGUGGUGAGAGCGAUGAUGACGGAGUCGGCCUUCAGUAUCGAGGAGCUGGAAGAGCUGUACUGUCUCUUUAAGUCCAAACACAUGACGAGCUGUUACUGGGGCUCCAGCAGCACUGCGGCCGAGCGUCAUGACCCCAGCCUGCCGUACCUGGAGCAGUACCGCAUCGACCCGGUUCAGUUCACCCAGCUGUUCACCGCACUCGCUCCCUGGAUCUGUGGAGGCCACACCCCCACGCUGUCAGCCCGCCUCUUCAGACUCCUGGACCAGAACCAGGACGGACUGGUCAACUUCAAAGAGUUCAUCACCGGACUGAGUGGGAUGUAUCACGGAGACAUGACGGAGAAACUCAAACUGCUGUACAAGCUCCACCUCCCUCCAGCUCUGUGUCCUGAGGAGGCGGAGUCAGCUCUGGAGGCAACACAGUUCUUCACUGAGGACGUCCCACCACCAGAAUCUUCCUUCCCUUCUGAUCUGGACAUUUUGGGGCAGCAGGAAGUGACAUCAGGUGAGGAGGGGAAGGAUGGAGGCGGAGACAGCGAGGAGAAGAAAGCCUCAGAGGAGAAGGUGAAGGACUACAGGUACUAUCUGAGGAUGUGGGCCAAAGAGAAGGAACCUAAGAGAGAGACCAUCAAAGACCUGCCCAGGAUGAACCAGGAGCAGUUCAUUGACCUGUGUAAGACUCUGUACAACAUGUUCAGCGAGGAGCCUCUGGAGCAGGAGCUCUAUCACUCCAUCGCCACCGUCGCCAGCCUGCUGCUGCGCAUCGGAGAGGUCGGUAAGAAGUUCAACAACGGCAGCAAAAAGACCGACAGUGCUGCCGCUCAGGCUCCGCCCACCCCACAGACCACUCCCACCGAACCUCAGAGUGAGGAGGGGGCCGGCGAGGGGGUGUCAGGAGAAUCUCAGGUGUGCCGCGCUCUGGCCGACGCUCAGCUGGAGCCGGAUGAGGAAACCAAAGACGACACGUCGGUGUCGUCGUACUCAGUGGUGAGCUCCGGCUCGCUGCAGUGCGAGGACAUCGCUGACGAUACUGUGCUGAUCGGCAGCAGCGAGCAGAGGCGGGGCAGCGUGCUGGAUGUGGAUUGGUCGAUCACCUUUGAGCAGGUACUGGCGUCGCUGCUGACGGAGCCGCCGCUUGUUGACUACUUCGAAAGGAAGAGGGACAUCGAGAGCAAGAUGGCCGCCUGUAAGGCCCAGCGGGUGGUGGAGCGCCAGAUGAGCUCCGCCUCAGACCAUGAACUCACUCAGCAUUCUGUCUGACUCACCUCCACCUGUACACCUGUACACCUGUCCGUCUGUACACCUGUCCACCUGACAGAGACACAGAGAGGAAACGUGUCAUCAUCCUGAUUAUGUGAUGUCACAGACUAACCUGUGAUGUCAGAAAACAUGUAUUCACAGGAAGUCAUGUGACUGUACCUUUAUUAAAACUCAACACUUCCUGCAGGUGUUUCACAGUUAAAGUCCUUCAGGGAGGAGAUAAUGGUGGGCUUUUAAUGUGAAGGGAUGGAGGAAGUGUUGAGAUGUUUUAACAGGAAACAGGAAGCAGAUCAUUGUAAACAAACAGGUCCUGACAGCUGUGUAUCAGCGGCAACAACGUCACAGUGGUCAGUAUUGUUUUCACCGCGCAAGUCUGUGUUGUAAUGGCAACAUGUUCCUGGUGGAACCUGUUGUCAUGGAAACAACACAGGAAGUUUGGAGCACUGUGUCGGCUGUCUGUCUGUCUGUCUGUCUGUCUGUCUGUCUGUGGGACAGAGUUUGUCAGUGCGACAGGGUCACAGCUGAGCAAGACGCAGUCCCAAAACUUUACAGGUGAUUAUUUGAGAUCAAAGCGAAGGCCAAGUUCAAAGAUGGCUGUGGUCUGAGCGAAGGGAAUAGGAAGUAGGGGAUAGGGAGUAUGGAAGGAGCCACUGCUCCACUUCACCCCAUAGAUGUAUAAAGACACCUGGAUACAGCGUUGGAGGCGGGGCCAUGUUUAUUCCUAUGAAAGUAGCUCUGUGGCGCAUGAAGCCAGAUCUUCUUCAUCAUUGGGCCACAGAGCAGUGAUGCUCAACCUCCGGCCCGUGGGCCAAAUUUGGCCUCCGGUCACAGGUGACACAUGAGCCUUGUUUCCACCGAGCAGUUCAGUUCAUAGUUUCUGUCUCCACAGUAAAAGUUGUGGAUGGUCCCAACAGAAGCGUUCCUUAGCGUCCCCAUGUUUGGUCCCCCCUCUGUUGGGGUACCUAGCACACAGAUCUGGUCCUAAAAGGUGGAGCUAGAAACCCUGCAGUCUGAUUGGUCAGUAGAGGACGCUCACUCUGGUUUUAUGUAACCUCUGUUCAUACAUCAGUAAACUACAACUAUAAAAUGAAAGAGAAAAAAAUAACUUCAUUCACUGGGCCGACUGCCGGCAACUUUUAAGGUGGAACGUUAACUUGUAAUGUUACUCAAUGCAUGAGUUGAUGACGUGAAUCCAUCAGCACACCUUAAAUUUCACUGUGACAACUUUGACCAUCACUUUAGUUUUUAUAUGACACACACUUUUAGUAAUGACUUUAAAAAUAUAGAUUCAUUUGGAGCGGAUUAUGUGAAGGUCAUAUAUUCUAAUCCUCACUUCCUGUGGGCUACAGCAACACUAAACCCCUGAGCUUGCCUGAGAAGGACUAAAUGCACAAAGCUGCUAUUUUGAAAUAUCCCAUGGAGAGAGACUCUCACUGCAGCCUGUUCUAUUUUGUUGUGAAAAUGUGGGCGUGCAGCCUCGUUCUGUGGACGAUAAACCAGGUGCAGACUUCCAUCUGUGUCACCGCUGAUGAGGAAAUACAGCGAGUGCUGGACGGAGCAGUGAGUGACAACAACCCCGCCCACAUUUAAGAGGACUGUCUGAACACACCGAGGGUCUAGGUACCAUGUCUGAAGGCUGACUGCUGGCUCCAGAGGGACUGGACUGAAAGGGUUUGGUGGAGACGGGGCUGCAGAGUCACCAGUUAACCUGCAUGUCUUUGGACUGUGGGAGGAACCCGGAGCACCUGGAGGAAACCCACGCUGACACGGGGAGAACAUGUAAACUCCACACAGAAGGGCUCCUCCACCCCAGGGUUCAAACCAGGAACCCUCUUACUGUGAGGCGGCACCACUGCACCACCGUGCCGCCCACUGUUAUCAGACAGAAUGAUUAAAUCCUGAUCAGGAAUCAAGUCGUUCUGUUCUGUAUCCACUGAUGUACAGAUGUCAGUCUAUGGGGGAAAAUGUUUUUGAGCCACAUGGCAUCAUGUGACAUCGUGUGACAUCAUGUGACAUCGUGUGACAUCAUGUGACAUCGUGUGACAUUGUGUGACAGACCCUGAAGUUAGAUUUCUGCUGUUUGGCCACUACAUCAUAUUGGCUUCAAAGUUCAGUGCUGUUCGUGGCGUCUCACUUUACGACCCAGCCCUCAUUUAGUGUCUGUGUGGCUGUGUUGUUGCUGCAGUGAUGUGAUCACAUGAUGGUGUCGGCUCAGGGUCAGCAGGUCUCAGGUCUCUGUGCAGGUGAGAUGUGCUGAAUAUAAUCAGACGUGAAAACUAACAGACACUAACAGACGAGCAGGUGAAGCAGGUGAACAGUCAGCUGGCAGAACUACAGAAGCCCCUAAGUCCCAAAACAUGUUUUUUUUUUUAACCAAGAGAAUCCUCUCCAUGUCAUCAGAUCAUCUCUGUAAAUAAUUGAGUCCUAAAACUUUCUUAAAAUAAGUGAAUACGUGUUUCGCUGACUGAAGACGUUUAAACAUGUUUACAAAUGAUUAUAUUUUAAGGAUCAGACUGCGAGCAGGUGAAGCCGCUGAGGCUCCAAGAACAAAGUUUAGUUAGAUGUAAUAAAAACAUUAAAAUGAGUUGAUUCAUGUUUGAAACAAGUUGAAAUAUUCCAAACUGUUUCAUUGAUUUUCAGAAAAUUAAACUUGAAGGACUCGUUACAUAAAACUAAAAUAGUUUAAUGUUAAAUUGUUUUAAUUUCCUUCUGUACAGCUCAGAUAUAUAUAUAUUAACUGUAUAUUAAUAAAAUCAUAUUACCUGAUAAACUCACGUACCUGUGUCACUCAGGUGAGGUCACACCUGCAGUCUUUUAUUUUGACAUCACUGAAGCCUUGUUUGUUUGUGCUGCCUAUUUCUGAUGACAUCACUCCUGUUUACUUCCUGUAGAGACGAUGAUGUCAGAGGACCUUUCAGUGUUUUUACUCAGUUUCUUCUCUCUGUUGUCUGUACUGUAUUUAUUCACCUGUCUGCUUUUAAAAUCCAUUAUAUUGAUCAGUUAUUGAUCUGUAUUCUGUUGUCUAAUAAAUACUGAAGAAAAUUCA